UGGCGGCGGCGGUGGUGGCGGCAGUGGACGGGGCGGCUGGGCGUGGAACAGUCGGAGCAGCCUCUGGCAGAAGGAUGACCCAAGACAGGAAGCGGGCAGCUGAGCCUCGCCGGCUCCUGUGCUUGUAACUGCCCCAGCCGGACACCCCCCCCUUGACCUACCCGUCCUUCAGUCAAUCUACAGACCUAUUUUCUCAGGAGCUCAGCCUGGCCCUACUUCAGUGAUAAAGGAGGAAAGGAAUAAAUUCUGUCAACUUUUUUCCGCAAAGAAAAGAUCGCUUCUUGCAAGAACCUUAAACCAAUUUCCCAGAAGAUGAGCUUUACAACCUCUGGGUAUAGGUUCAACCUCAUGGCUCUCCUUUUCUGAGAAGUGGUUCUCAGAGCUAGGCUGGCUGCUGUAAACAUCAUUCAAGAUGUCCAGCAAAGGGAGCAGCACAGAUGGCAAAACAGACUUAGCUAAUGGAAGCCUGUCUAGCAGUCCAGAGGAGAUGUCUGGUGCUGAGGAAGGGAGGGAGACAUCCUCAGGCAUUGAAGUGGAGGCCUCAGACCUGAGCUUGAGCUUGACCGGGGAUGAUGGUGGCCCCAACCGCACCAGCACAGAAAGUCGAGGCACAGAUACAGAGAGCUCAGGUGAAGACAAGGACUCUGACAGCAUGGAGGACACUGGCCAUUACUCCAUCAAUGAUGAAAACCAAGUCCAUGACCGCUCAGAGGAAGAAGAGGAUGAAGAAGAGGAGGAAGAAGAGCAUCCUCGUCGUCGUGUACAGCGCAAGCGGGCCAACCGUGACCAGGACUCAUCAGAUGAUGAGCGGGCCCUGGAGGACUGGGUGUCCUCGGAGACCUCAGUCCUGCCCCGACCUCGCUGGCAAGCCCUUCCUGCCCUUCGGGAGCGGGAGCUGGGUUCAAGUGCCCGCUUUGUGUAUGAGGCUUGUGGGGCAAGAGUCUUUGUGCAGCGUUUCCGCCUGCAGCAUGGGCUUGAGGGCCAUACUGGUUGUGUUAAUACCCUGCACUUUAACCAGCGCGGCACCUGGCUGGCCAGUGGCAGCGAUGACCUGAAAGUGGUGGUUUGGGACUGGGUGCGGCGACAGCCAGUAUUGGACUUUGAGAGCGGCCACAAAAGCAAUGUCUUCCAGGCCAAGUUCCUUCCUAACAGUGGUGAUUCCACCCUGGCCAUGUGUGCCCGUGAUGGGCAGGUUCGGGUAGCAGAGUUGUCUGCUACACAGUGCUGCAAGAAUACAAAGCGUGUGGCCCAGCACAAGGGAGCAUCCCACAAGUUGGCCCUGGAACCAGACUCUCCCUGUACGUUCCUAUCUGCAGGUGAAGAUGCAGUUGUCUUCACCAUUGACCUCAGACAAGACCGGCCAGCUUCGAAACUGGUGGUGACAAAAGAAAAGGAGAAGAAGGUGGGGCUGUAUACAAUCUAUGUGAAUCCUGCCAAUACCCACCAGUUUGCAGUGGGUGGACGAGAUCAGUUUGUAAGGAUUUAUGACCAGAGGAAAAUUGAUGAGAAUGAAAACAAUGGAGUACUCAAGAAAUUCUGCCCUCAUCACCUGGUGAACAGUGAGUCCAAAGCAAACAUCACCUGUCUUGUGUACAGCCACGACGGCACAGAGCUCCUGGCCAGUUACAAUGAUGAAGACAUUUACCUCUUCAACUCCUCUCACAGUGAUGGGGCCCAGUAUAUUAAGAGAUAUAAGGGCCACAGAAAUAACGCCACAGUAAAAGGCGUCAAUUUCUAUGGCCCCAAGAGUGAGUUUGUGGUGAGCGGUAGUGACUGCGGGCACAUCUUCCUCUGGGAGAAAUCAUCCUGCCAGAUCAUUCAGUUCAUGGAGGGGGACAAGGGAGGUGUGGUAAACUGUCUUGAGCCCCACCCUCACCUGCCUGUGCUGGCAACCAGUGGCCUAGACCAUGAUGUCAAGAUCUGGGCACCCACAGCUGAAACUUCCACUGAACUUACAGGGUUAAAGGAUGUGAUUAAGAAGAACAAGCGGGAACGGGAUGAAGAUAGCUUACACCACACCGACCUAUUUGAUAGCCACAUGCUCUGGUUCCUCAUGCAUCACCUGAGACAAAGACGCCAUCACCGGCGCUGGCGAGAACCUGGGGUUGGGGCCACAGACGCAGACUCGGAUGAGUCUCCCAGCUCCUCAGAUACAUCGGACGAGGAGGAGGGCCCUGACCGGGUGCAGUGCAUGCCAUCCUGAGGCCUCGUACCCAGGAGGGGCAGGCUGGGGCUGCCAACCCGAUCCUGCCUGGGCGGCCCUUUCCUGUCCCAGGCUCUAACAUUCAGCAGAAACGCACUUUGGACUUUUUUGCUUUAGAUUUAAAAAAAAAAAAAAAGAAAAAAAAAGAAAAAAAAGAAAAAAAAAGACAUCCCAGGAGGACAAGCCAGAGGGGAGCAAACCUACAGAGUAUCUAGAAGUGGUGGGAAUUGAGCCCUGGAAUUGGGGUUCCAUGGAGAGGUGCAUAGGACUCAGCAGAAGUGGCCUCUCCCCAGAGCCUUUUUUUUUUUGAGAGGGGGGAGCCUAUUUUGUUAAUAACUGGUUUGGGGUAGGGAAUGGGGUUUCCUUUUCUUUGAUCUCCCUUGUUUCUUGGGUGGGGGGUGGGGGGAUAACUGGCUGUUCAGUACCAAGGGGCCAGACUGCGGGUGGUAGAAAUGCCACUCUCUCUUUGGUUUAGGUUUUUGACUUGAUUUUCUUUAUUUUUAAAAAUUCUAUGACAGUCGCAUUGUUUUUUCUUCCCCCUGAGCAACCAACCCCAUCCCAGGAUCCUGUUUUUCUGGGGAGUCCUUAGAGCCCCUAACCAUCCCACACUCUUCACUUUCUUUUCCACCCCAUUCAUUCUCUGUACUUAUCACAGUGUUUUGCACUUGAUUAUGUAUCCUUCACUCUCCUCUUCAUCCCAUCACCCCCUCAGUAGGUCUGGUGAGGGAGGUUGGGGGGAGGUGGGAGGAGGGACAGAAGUGGAAGAAUAGGAAGGUCGUUACCUCUUCUGUUACUUAAAAAAAAAAAAAAGUUGUUUGGUGGCAGCAAUUUCCCUGUCCCUAUCACUGUUAGAGGCCUAAUUUUAUAUCUAUAAAUAUAUUAAAAAGCAAGUCAAAAUUGGAUGUAUCACGUUAAAAUUAUUGUUGAAGUUUAAAUACCUAUAUAUUCUCUAUGACUGCAAUAAAGGGACUUACAGGAGAGAGUGAGUGAGAGUAAUGAUGUGGAGGUAUCACGUGGGGUCAGCCUACCCUCUAUGUAUGGCCACUGGAGAUUAGGGCUUAACCCUUAUGUUUUUAGGAGGCUCAAGAAUGGAAGGAUUCUGAAUUCUGCCCUUUCCUGCUUUCCUACCAUGGUUUCAGGGUUGGGAAGCCCCUUUCAUCUCUUUGCUCCAGAUAUCCUACCUCUGCUUAAGUCUUGUGGGGGUUCCCAGGAUGGCUCUGCUAACCAGAGACUGGCUCAUCUUCAGAACUUGACUGAACUGUGACUUCAGGAAGGGUUCUGCCACUGCAGACCAUCUCUCCUAAUACUGUGUGUGACAGAAGACACACUCACUUUUACCUUUAGCUGCUUGAUUCUUUAAACUAUCCAACUCCACACCACCUCCCUUCCUAAUGGAAGAGAGGAUAGGGAAAGACCUCCUGGGUUUGACUUUAUACCUUGUCCACCUUUUCCUAUCUUGGGAUUGAAGGACGAGUCAUUAAGGAUUGAGUAAGUGGCUGGGGCUCAGACAGCUAUUGUAUCACUGGUCACUAAUUAUGAAAGUCCCAGUUGAAUUCUUGCUUGUAAAUGCUUUUGCUGCUAUUUCUUUGCCCCCAACCAGGAAUUCUGCAUCCUGGAACAGUCAGAUUCUACUAGAACAGGCCAGGAAGGAAAGGAGGAGUGAAGGGGUGGAAUUCCCAGAUACCCCGUCGUCCUGCCCCUUUUCCUAGCAGCUCACAGACCAGAUGUUAGCUGCUGUACUUCCUCCCUGAGGUAGUGAAUGUGUGGUGACUGUGAGUGGUCUGUGUUUUUAUUGCUGGUGGGGUGAUGGAGUGGGCUGAAACCAUGCACUCUGGAAUUUGUUGUGUAUUUUCUCUCAGUAAAACCUUUUUUUUUUUUUUUUUUCCUUCUGACUGCUGCUGUGUGUGUGAUAUGUGAGCCAUUCAUUCAUGAUGGGCUAUUUUUGUUCCUUUCAGUAUAGGUGCCUGGCCCUGGUCUUAUUACAAUUUUAGGAAGUCCAGUCUGGGAUAUCCAUGUUUCCAGUGGUUGGGCUCCAGUGGGAGACUGUGUAAGUGGAAUAGGCCCCACAGUUCAGUGAUACUUAGAAAAUGAGAGAGGGCAGAGAUCCUACUAGGAGUAUUUUCCUGGCCUCUGUUCCAGGCUGUAGUUAAGGAUUUGGGGGUAAAUUUUGCUCUCCCUCCCCAGUCAUCCAAAGGCUUAAAAAUUCCGGUCAUUCACACAAAUUUAGAAUCAGUUAGGUACAGUACAAUCAAUCACCUUUAUUCCAGGGUUAGAACAAGGCCGUGCACACUGCAGACAGAGGAGCACAGGAUAGGGGCAAUCUCACAGCAGUAUAGGGGGUGGGAGGGCAGGUUAGUCUUUUUAGAUUAUUUUGCCUUACAGAGAAAUCGCUAGACUCCACUGAAAAUGACCCUGUCUCCCUUCUCCCAUCUCAUCCUCUUCUCUCUUCAAAGGAAGGCUCUUUAUAUAUUCCCUCCCUCCACCCCCUUUCUCUCUCAGACUUGUUCUCACAUAACAUAUCCUGGCUUGGAAGGAUAAUUCCUGCUCAUUUCCCCCCUCCCAAUUCUACAAGUAUCUCUCUCUCCUUGAGGGAGAAGCCAGACAGGACUGGGGAAAACUGGGAAGGUCCUUUAAGGCAAAACUGUGGAGUACUCGAGGUGUAUGUGUUAAGGCAGGUGUCCGCAGCAGUGGCCAGAGGGGACGGGCAGGUUGGGCUGGGCUAGGCUAGGAUUAGAGGGUGUUCUCCGACCAGUCUGGCUUCUUCCCUCUUCCAGUAGCCAGCUCUCCCCUCCACUAAAGUUUUGCUCCCACAUCCUAGAAGCUUCUAGCUUAAACUUUCUCUAAAUAGCCUCUUGAGAUUGCAUGUGAAUUUAAAGUUUUAAAAAGUUUUUUUUGUUUUGACUAUGUAGCAAUUUGACUCUGCCACUCCCUUCACUGUGGCAUUCCCCUUCCACCCCCGUCCUGGCCUAGACAAUAAGUUAAUGCCAGACACCACAAAAAAGGGCAGACAUGGCAGUGCGGGUUUAAUAUACAUAUAUGUAGAAUAUAUAUGUACACACAGUUAGCACGGUCAGGGUGGGGAGGGCUAUCUUGGGACAGGCAGGAGGCUGGGGUCACUGUACUCUAGUGAUUUGGCUAGGAGGUGUUCACAAGCCCAAGGUGCCAGGAUAUUGAGGGAGAGGGGUUACCGAGUCCCCUCCUGGACUGAAUUGGGGAUCAGUGCAACAGAAAACACUGUAGUUAGCUUCUUCCCUUCUUUCUGGCUUGGGGGAGAGGGGGUUCUAGAUCAUGGAGAGAGGGAAGGUUGCCUGCGAUAACCACGUUGGGACUCUAAGUGGGAGCAGGACUGGAGUUAAAACCUAAGGAUCUCGAUUCCCCAACCUCCCUAGGUUCAGGGGACUCCUGUGCAACAGUCUGAGUAGGAAUAAAGGAGUGGAACAGGAAACUCCUCUCUGCCUUCAUCCCCACUCAGGCUCAGUGAUGGGGCAUGUUCCCAGCACAGUCUAUCCAGAGCAGAGGUGGGUGGGGGGUAUCUAAUGCUGGGUUCUCCAAGGGGUUUGAACUUUGGGGCCAGGGAAGGAUCCAGUGAUCCUCUUUCUUUAGGUCCCUGGCUCAUACCCACCGUAGGCCCAUAAGAGGGGAGCAGAAAGGGACCU